UCAUUCAAUCUAAACAAUCCGAGUUUAGAUAUAAAUGUGCUAGGAAAUCCAAAUCAGGAAAAAGUGCUCAAAAUUUCUGUAUCAUGUUAUAUAGCAAUUCUUGCUUUAAUAUGUGUGAAAUAUAAUCAUUGAUUUUAGUUUGUUUGCACUAAGAUACUUACACAAUGUUUAUCGAAAUGACAUUGGCAAUGAAUGAAGAAAAAUGAUGCAAAAGCGUAAUUUCUGUAAACUGUUUGCCUGUUACAGAUCUUGUUCAUAUGGCGCAAUUAUCUUUAUACAUUAGGAAAUCUUUAUUAUAAAUCUAGAGAUGGACAUUGUCAUUGCAAAUAUUAUUUAGAAUUUCCUUGUACUCGUGACUAGGCAUUUGAAACUUUAGUUUGAAAGUUAUUUCGGCAGUUUGUGUUAAAGUGUCUACAUUUGCGAACAGUCUCAAGAAGUCUCCUAAUAAUGUUUAUGUGAAAAGUUUGUUACUCAUGAAAUAUGUUAUUUGAGCAGUGUUUAGACUAACAUAAAAAUUUAUUUUGUUAGCCUGCUAAGCAACUAACAAUAGUAAUAGGUUAGGAUAACUAAAUUUUUUUGAGGCAUAUUAAAUAAACUCUUUGUCCUUACUAAUUUGAGACUUUCGUAUCUCUGUGCAUAUGAUAAAAUAUUUGUCAAAUAAUCAGAAUAUCAACCUAUAAUAUGUAACUUUAUUUAGUCUAUAUCAUUGUAUUGUCCAAAUCAUUAAACAUUCUUUAUAUUAUUAGCUUCUUAAGGUCAGUUUUUUGUUUCGCAGUAAAUCAAUUGUAGCCAAAACAUAUAUAUAACUAUAAUUACAAGGUUAAAAUUUAUUUUUAAUGCUGCGCUAAAUAAUCUAAGCAGGUUUGAUCAUUUACCAAGAAUAAAAAAUAGAUUACUUUCAGACAUUUUAAAUGAUACUCCUAUUUUGAUUUUUAAGUAUUAUUAAUAAUUUAAAUAUUUCUAUUGCUUUUUCUUUAUUUUUUCCAAUAUCAAUAUUAGAAGUAAAAUCAGUCUCAACUUAUUUUCUUAUUAUUAAGAAAAUCAUAUUUUUUUUUAUAGAAUAUACAUUAAUUUUUAUUAUAAUUUAGUUGAAUUGUUCUGAUAAACUUAGCAUUUGAAGCAUUAGUAAUUAUUACAUUUCAGUGACAAUUUUAACAUUAAAUAUAUACUACAACUUUAUGUAAAGGCACAUAUUUUUAUACAAUGUGAUAUAUGAGACUUAGAACAAAUACUAAUAUUACUAAGUAUGCGAUGACCAUUCAAGUUGGUGCGAGAACUUAUUUUUGUGAAACGUGUAAGCAGAGUUUUGCAUAGAAAAGUCAUCAAGCUGACCACAAUCGGACUCUUGCUGGAUAAAAAUCUGACUCUUGUAAUAUAUGUAUUAGGAGUUUUUCAUGAGAAAUAAUGUGACUGAAUACAGUGAAAAACCUUUUCUUUUGUAGCAUAUGUAAUAAGAGUUUUUCUUAUUUAAGAGUGAUCUGAUUAAGCAUAGUACUUUUCAUGCUGGUGAGAAGCCUCAAUCUUGUAGUAUAUGUCACAAGAGUUUUUCAAAUAUUAGUAACAUGAUUAAACACGGUAGUGUUCAAACUGGGGAGAAACCCUUUUCUUGUAGUACAUGUAAUAAGAGUUUUUCAAACCGAAGUAGUCUUACUCAACACUAUCAUGUUCAUACUGGUGAGAAACCAUAUUCUUGUAGUUUAUGUAACAAGAGUUUUUCACAAAAAGGUAAGCUAACUGAACACAAUCGUGUUCACACUGGGGAGAAACCUUAUUCAUGUAGUUUGUGUGAUAUGAGUUUUUUACAUGGAAGUCGUCUGAAAGAACACUUUCGUGUUCACUCUGGGGAGAAACCUUAUUCUUGUAGUAUAUGUAAUAGGAAAUAUGCACGCAAAAGUCAUUUGAUGAGACACCGCAUUGUUCAUACUAAUGAAAAACCUGAUUCUUGUAGUAAUAAGGGCAUUUCAUCUAAGAGUGAUCUGACUAUGCGUAGUCGUGUUCAUACUAGUGCAAAGCCUUAUUCUUGUUGUAUAUGUAAUAAGAAUUUUUCAUGCAAAAAAUAUCUACUUUUGCACUUUCGUGUUCAUACUGGAGAGAAACCUUAUUCUUGUAGUAUAUGUAGUAAGAAUUUCUCACAAAAUAGUAAUCUGAAUAAACACAGUCGUGUUCACACUGGCGAGAGACCUUAUUCUUGUAGUAUAUGUAAUAAGAAUUUUUCACUCAAAAGAUAUCUGACUUCGCACUUUUGUGUUUAUAAUGGAGAGAAACCUUAUUCCUGUAGUAUAUGUAAUGAAAGUUUUUCAUUAAAAGAUAAUCUGACUGAACACAGUCGUGUUCACACUGGAGAGAAGCGUUAUUCUUGUAGUAUAUGUAAUAAGAGUUUUUCACAUAGAAGUAAGCUGACUGAACACUGCCGUGUUCACACUGGUGAGAGACCUUAUUCUUGUAGUAUAUGUAAUAAGAGUUUUACACAAAAAGGUCUUCUGAUGAGACACAGUCGUGUACACACUGGUGAGAAACCUUAUCUGUGUAGUAUAUGUAAUAAGAGUUUUUCACGCGACAGUCAUCUGAAGAGACACAGCAUUGUUCAUACUAGAGAGAAACCUGAUUCUUGUAGUUAAUUCUUAACGAUUUGAAAAUAUCGACCACGAUUCAAAAAGUGUCUUCAUUAUUUUUUAACUGUCUGUUUCGUAACUGGAAAUUUCUUAACUUUCUGUUAACUUGCACUAUGGUGGUAGAUUUACUGCCCUAUUAACAGUUUGAAUUUUCAUUGCUAUUUUUUUAAAAAAAUUUCUAUGAAAGAAUUAAAAAAAAAGAUUUGAUUGAGUAAUUAAAUUUCAAUCAUUCUUUUACUGGACAAAUGGAAAAGAUGUUCAGUUUCCUAACUGACUUGUACUGAUGAGCAAAAGGAUCUUAGUAUUAUUAUUAUGAAUUUAGGUAUUUUUUUAUUAUGGAUAUCAUAAAGCUGCAAACAAACAUAGAAAUAUUACUGAAAUUCAAUU